CGCUGUCACAAACUCAGAUCAAUCUCCACCUGACAUUCAGGGCGGAUUGGUUGCUCCAAAUAAUCCUUCGAGUCAAAGUAAUACUGCUUUCCGAGGAAGGGGUCGUUACCGUAAUCGUGGUGGCCGAGGCUUCUUCCGCAAUGACCGAUCACAAGGAACUAAUCGAGAUAAUAUAA